AUGGGCGGCAUUGCCUUAGGCUCAGCUGGCCGUAUCUACACAGUAGCCGACAACUUCAAAGCCGAUGAUGGCGGAAAAUUCAAACCGAAUGGUCUCAAGGUCUAUGAGUUGGACCUGCAGAUCGGCAAAACCCCUAUUCCCUAUCGUCCUGUCGCUGGCCACGAAUUACCAGGGGAAAUGGGCGCAUGGAAAGUGCCGGAUCCAUUCUGGGAACAGCUAGCUUUUGGCACUACUAAUAGUAGCAGC